AAUUCUUUCAAUUUUCAACUAUAAAUGAUCGUCAAAUGCACCUUACAACAAUUGAUGUAGAAAAUAAUUUAUUUCAUUCAUUAAUUACAAAAAUUACUCCUCAAAAAACCCAGUACCAAUUUCAACAGUGUAAUCAAAGAAAACUAAUUAGAUUAUUGAGAAUUACCUCUGAUAACAGCAACAAUAGAUGUUCAAUCUUAAACACAAGUUUUAAACAUACAGUACAGAAAGGAGAGUACAUUGUUAUUAAAAAAGAAAAAUUAAGUGUUGUUGAUGUAAUUUCAAAUACUGAAUUGAAGGUUGCAGGUGUAUAUCAGACCUUAUCACUUGAUGAUGAUACAUGGAUUGACUUUCAAAUUGAACCUAAGAUAAAACUUAAUGGUUUUAUAGAUGCAUAUAAAUUAAUGUUUGAAAAGUAUCCAGUUGAGAGUUGCAUAGAUCCUGAACAAAACCAGCCACUUAAUUUGAAAAUUGUCCUUGAUAUAAAUGAUGAUUGUAAAGAUGGAAAUUAUGAUAGAAA